AUGGCGUCCAAGAACGAGACUCUAGGGCAGACAAAGCAACGGCAUAAACUGGAAUUGCGUACACUGCAAGCUGAUGUCAAGACGUUCCAGAAGAAGGCCAAGAAAGACCGUAUAAGCAAGAAAGAGGUCGAGAAUCAGAUUGAAGUUAUGGAAAAGGCUCUAAAGGAUCGUCAUGAUCAAGAGCUGAAGGUUUUUGAGACAGAGACAGAGCAGGAAGUUAUAGAGACCCCUGCAGUUCACUCGGAUGACAAGGCUAAUGAAGUGGGAGGACUGACUAAACAAAGUAAAGCUCAAGCCAAAGCUCAUCGUAAACGAGAAGAAAAGAAACAGCAAGAACGAGAACGUUGUAAACGUAUUGAAGAAGCAAACGAGUCGACAGUGAGUGAGCGACAGGUUGAGGUUGAUAUGAUCCUAGCACGGUUGGCUACACACGGACUUAAGCUCAAGGAUAUUCCGUCUGAUGGACACUGUAUGUAUCAUGCUGUGGCAGAUCAAGUGAAACAAAAGAACUUGCCUGUUGCUGAUGAGAUGACAGGAUUCCAGUAUCUGCGUAAACUCACGAGUGAGUACAUGCUCGCACACCCUGAUGAUUUUUUGCCUUUUAUGACGCUUGAUGAAAGCACUAGCAGUGCUGAUGACGCAUUCACAACCUACUGUGAUCGAGUGGCUACUACUGCGGACUGGGGUGGACAGCUGGAGCUCCGAGCUUUGGCAUGUGCUCUGCAAACACCUAUUGAGGUGUUUGCGGCCGAGGGCGAUGUACUGGUGAUGGGUGAAGAGUUUGGUAAUGAAGACGAUGCAAGCGCACCAAAGCUGCAGUUGACGUACCACCUACACUAUUACACCCUCGGCGAACAUUUCAAUUCCGUUACACCGCUCUAG